GUAUGUAUGAUGUCAAGGUUCUCUGAAGAUUGAUAUUUAUCAUUUUCAAAUAAUUUUAUUAGUAUGUAUGAUUUGAAAUAGUGAUUCAACACAAGACUGGUUUCUUCUCUGGUGUUUCUCUCUCUUGGAUUGACACGUCCUCGCAAUCUCUCAUCAUCUUCAACCUUGUUUCUUCUUCUGUAAAAGUUUCUGCGAUUGGACUUUUCCAUUCCAGAUGAAUAUUUUCGAAACAAUGGAGAAAUCUAAGGCUACUUUAAUGGUGGCUGUUGCCGUUGUUCUCUUCAUUUUUUCCAAUGUUGCUCAUGUGAGAUCCGAUGCUUCUGAUCAUCGCUACAAAGCUGGUGAACAAGUUCCUCUUUACGCUAACAAAGUGGGCCCUUUUCAUAACCCUAGUGAAACAUACCGUUAUUUCGAUUUGCCAUUCUGUGCCCCAGAUCAUGUCAAGGAGAAAAGAGAGGCCCUAGGUGAAGUAUUAAAUGGAGAUCGUCUGGUCAGUGCUCCUUACAAGCUUGAUUUCCUGGUGGAUAAGGAAUCAGAAGUUAUCUGCAAGAAAAAGAUGGAAAAGGACGAAGUGGCUAAGUUUCGGGAUGCUGUAGCCAAAGAUUAUUACUUUCAGAUGUACUAUGAUGACUUGCCAAUCUGGGGUUUUUUGGGCAAAGUUGACAAGGAAGGAAAACUAGAUCCUAGCGAGUACAAGUAUUAUCUAUAUAAACAUAUCCAUUUUGACAUCUUUUAUAACAAAGACCGUGUUAUUGAAAUCAAUGUUCGAACUGAUCCCAACUCUUUAGUGGAUAUUACGGAGGACAAGGAGGUAGAUGUAGAGUUUAUGUAUACUGUGAAGUGGAAAGAGACAAACACUCCUUUUGAUAAGAGAAUGGAUAAAUACUCGCAGUCUUCUUCUCUACCUCAUCAUCUGGAGAUCCAUUGGUUCUCUAUCAUAAAUUCAUGUGUCACAGUUCUCUUAUUAACUGGAUUUCUUGCCACAAUUCUCAUGCGAGUGCUCAAGAAUGAUUUUGUUAAGUAUGCACAUGAUGAGGAAACUGUAGAAGACCAGGAAGAAACUGGAUGGAAAUAUAUUCAUGGAGAUGUAUUCAGGUUUCCCAAGUACAAGUCUGUUCUUGCAGCUGCUCUUGGAUCUGGUACUCAGCUGUUUACUCUUACGGUUUUCAUAUUCCUACUUGCCCUUGUUGGAGUGUUUUAUCCUUACAACCGGGGAGCCUUGUUCACAGCCCUGGUUGUUAUCUAUGCUCUUACAUCUGGAAUUGCUGGCUAUACUGCAACUGCCUUUUAUUGCCAACUGGAAGGAACAAACUGGGUUAGGAAUCUGUUGCUGACUGGUUGCCUGUUCUGUGGUCCACUGUUUCUUACAUUUUGCUUUCUAAACACUGUCGCAAUAGUAUACCAUGCUACCGCUGCCCUUCCAUUUGGCACGAUAAUGGUGAUACUUCUUAUUUGGACACUUGUAACUUCACCGUUGCUUGUAUUGGGUGGAAUUGCUGGAAAGAAUAGCAAGGCUGAGUUUCAAGCUCCAUGUCGCACAACUAAGUACCCCAGAGAAAUUCCCCCAUUACCGUGGUACCGUGGAACUCUUCCACAGAUGGCAAUGGCUGGAUUUUUGCCAUUCAGUGCGAUUUACAUAGAGCUCUACUACAUCUUUGCCAGUGUUUGGGGCCACAGGAUCUACACAAUUUAUAGCAUUUUGUUCAUUGUCUUUAUCAUUUUGAUUAUAGUCACUGCUUUCAUCACUGUGGCAUUGACCUAUUUCCAACUUGCCGCAGAAGAUCACGAGUGGUGGUGGAGGUCCUUCCUGUGUGGUGGUUCCACAGGGUUAUUUAUUUAUGGCUAUUGCUUAUACUACUAUUAUGCACGCUCAGAUAUGUCAGGUUUCAUGCAAACAUCAUUUUUCUUCGGCUAUAUGGCUUGCAUUUGCUAUGGGUUCUUUCUCAUGCUUGGAACCGUCGGUUUUCGCGCUGCACUCUUCUUUGUUCGCCAUAUAUAUCGAUCAAUCAAAUGCGAGUAGAUAAUGUUGCAAAUUCUAUGUUGGCGCCAGUGUUUUUUUGGUUCCGUAGGUUUAGUAGGACAACUAUGUUCUUUGUAUUUUAACCUAUUUCUGUCAUUUGGGGAAGCGUUUGUAAUCUUAUAUAGAGACAUGCAUCUACCAUUUUCCUGUGCAAUUAUCUUAUUCGUUCACCAAUUUCCACCAAAACAGCCUCAAGUCUUGAUGGAAGGAAAAGGACGAGUAAUGAUCUCAACCAGUAAAGAUCUCAUGUGUAAUAAGUUAAAUUUCAUGAAAGAAAAAAUGGUUAAAAUUUGUUGA